CAUAAAUUUGGCGCUCAAAUUGUCGUAAAGUCAAGAGCUAUCUAUAUUGUGCCUCGUGGAUCUUUAAAUAAACUCCAACAAAAACUCUGGUCUUCAAUUUUGUUGUGCCUGUGACUCAUGAAACAGUUACUUUAGCUCUACACCCUGGGUUAGAGCUGACCUGAACUUUAUCCCUAGGGGCCCAACAGCAACCGAUCCCACCUCCUAUUGUAAGUCCUUCCCACUUCCCCUUAUAUAAAGAAGGCACAGGGUGGAAAUGAGAGCUGCUCAUUUGCAUCCUUGGACCUUUUUAGUUUGGUGUUCAUCUCAGGUGCUCCCUCUCUUCAGAACAUGUCGGUGGACUUCAAUGGUACCUGGAAUUUUGUCCGGUCUGAGAAUUUUGAAGGCUAUAUGUUGGCUUUAGGUAUAGAUUUUGCAACUCGCAAGAUAGCAAACUUGUUGAAGCCCCAGAAGGUCAUAAAACAGGAAAAGGAUUUCUUUUCUAUCAGGACAACAAGCACUUUUAGAAACUAUUUUGUUGAGUUCAAAAUUGGAGAGGAGUUCGAUGAAGAUGGCAAAGGAUUGGACAACCGUAAAUGCAGAAGUGUGGUGAUUUGGGACAAUGAUAAACUUGUCUGCACCCAGAAUGGAGAAAAGAAAAACAGAGGCUGGUCCCACUGGAUUGAAGGAGAUGAGCUGUAUUUGGAGCUCCGUUGCGAAGGCCAGACAAGCACGCAAGUUUUCAAGCGAGCAUGAUUCUCAAACAGAACUCUUCAGAAGGAAAGCUGUGCAAGGCAUCUUCAAGACCUCUUUUCACUUCAAGUCAACAACAAUGUGGAAGCUUCAGUAUUUUCUCCAUUAUUGGAAAUGCUCUUAAGGAUUCCAAGAGCAAAUAAAGGCGGCUGUUACAUUCAUUAAAC